AGUUCUUUUUUCUGUAUUUGUGAAGUUCUUAACGUCAAGUUGGAAUCUGCAGUUAUUUCUCCCAUUUGGACAAAAUCAAUUUUAUUACAAAUUAAAAUCAAAAUGUUGGGUCGCACAGGUCUUUUGGCUCGUAAUAUUACCCAGAGUUUGGUCAGACACCACAGCCAUGGCGGUAUUCCCGGAGAGAACUUACCUUUUGGUCUGAAUAACCGCUACAAGUUGACCGCUUACUUCAUUCUGUUCUUCGGUUCUGGAUUGGCUGCUCCAUUCUUGGUCGUCAGACAUCAAUUGUUGAAGAAGUAAAAUAUCCAACUUUGUAAUCAUAAAUGGUGGAGUUCUGGCUGGAAAACUUCUGAAGCUAUGACUAACAAAUUAAAAGUGUGUUAUGUAUGAUUAAGAUAAAAGUGAAACUGUUUUCACCAAUAAAAAGUAUAUAUCAUACAAAAA